UCGGCCCCAAAUGGAUGAAGCCCAUUAGAGAGGCCCAAGUUAAUCUUGUCUGAACAAGUUAACCUUGCCUCUUACCUGUUUGAUGAAAUUCCUCAAAGAAAGUAAAUUAUCCAAGUUGUUGAUCAAUGGGAAUCUUCAAUUUGGUGUUAUAGUUUAGUAUAAAGAUUGAAAAUGGAGAAAAUAAUGGUGUUGCAGUGUAAUUCAUCUUCUCUAUUUACGCAGCUAUGGCCAAUGACAGUUACAGCUACGGCUUAUACCUGCAGGUUUAGCUGCUCUAAUGUUGUUUCUCACAGAUUUACAAGAAGAAUUAACAUGGGGUUUCGUUCUUUUCAAGAAAUUUCUACAAGGAAUAGUGUUGUUAACUUAAGAAAAGCUCAUUUUUGGGAAGAUCCUGAUGAUGGUAGUGAUAGUGAAGAAGAAGAAGAAGAAGAAGAGGAGAGGGAAGAAGAUAUGGAUGUUGAGAGUAGCUUUGAAUAUGAAGAAAAUAGAGCUAUGGACAAUUCUACAAAUGGUUUGUCUAACAGGGAAGAUGAGUUUGUGAAAGAAGUUGAACAGCUUUUGAGUCCAGAGGAAAGGGAAAUUUUGUAUCACAAUCAAACUCCAGAGCUGGAUAAGAUAUCAACUGAAAAAUGGAACCCUCUUCACACUUUUGCACUAGCAGGGCAGAUACGAUUUAUGGAUAGACUUCUAGAGGAGGGUCUUGAUAUUGAUGCCGUUGACAAGGAAGGGCAAACAGCUCUUCACCAUGCCGUUUUUGGUAAAAAAGAGGCUGUGAUCAGUCAUCUUCUAAGAAAAGGUGCAAACCCUCAAGUCAGGGAUACGGAUGGUGUCACCCCUCUACAUUAUGCAGUUCAAGUAGGAGCCUUGCAAACGGUUAAAAUGUUAAUCAAAUACAAGGUUGACGUGAAUGCUGCUGAUAAUGUUGGUUGGACGCCACUGCACGUGGCCAUGCAAAGCAGAAACAGAGACAUAGCAAAAGUUCUUCUUGUCAAUGGAGCAGAUAAGUACAGAAAGAAUAAGGAUGGUAAAACACCCCUUGAUAUUAGCCUUUGUUAUGGCAAAGAUUUCAAGUCUUAUGAUCUGGCUAAGUUACUGAAGCUUGUAAAUGCUAAUAGAGAGCUGUGAUUUGCAUUUUUACUCCCAUCAAAGAUGAAGACAAUCAAUCAUAGUCAAAGAGGAAGUUCUUCAACGCGUUGAGACGGAUACAUAGAAACACAAUUCAGAGCAACUUUUGGACAUGGAAUCACUAGAAUUUUAGAAUAUUUGGGCAGUUGUGUAGUCAGUCUUGCAACAGAUUUGUAAAAAUAGAACAGAACUUGUUUUCUUAUGAUAUGUAUGUGCUUGUGUAGAUUUUAGCACAUUAUAUUGUGCUUGCAUCAGGUGAAUAGGCAAGUCAUGUAUUUACAUGGACUUUACCCCUACCUCACGGUAAUGAAGAAAAAAAAAGCAGUACAA